CUAAUUAUUUUUUUUAUAAUUAAUAAAGUAUCGAACUUCUAAUAAUAGCCAUUAAAUUCUAUAUUUAUAUUGUAAAAUAUAAAUUCUUAAUUUUGUAUUUGUUUUUUUCAUUUUAAUUUUGUAUGUAACUUUGCGUUACUAAAUAUCGAUUGUCUGAGGUCAGAUUUUGCCGAUUAAUGCCCUUCCUUUUAGACUUGCUCUGUACUUAUAUAAACAAUUGCAUAGCAACGACUUUUAACCCUCAAUGACAGUUCACAGAACCUUUUUUUUAAAUAGAGAUAAAAUUUAAAAAAUAAAAUAUGAAAAUAAAAAGUAAAAAAAAAAUUUAUAUUUACCAAAUAUAAUGUAUUUUUCUUAUGCUUUCAAAAUCACCAGCGUUUGUUUUCCAUUUGAAACUGUUUUCACACGCGAAAAAAAAUUCGAACACUUCGAAAACAAAAAACGGUAAUUUUUUUUUAUUUUUACUUUAUAAAAUAAAUUUUUUUAAAAUAAUUUUUUUUAAAUAAUUUUUUAUAACUUUCAUACGAACGCGAUUUAAAAAAUUCGAACACUCCCGGCACAAAAUGAUAUGAGAAAAAAUUUAUCAAAAAAAAAAAAUUAAAAGCUAUUAUCUACAAAUUUAAUUUUUCCUAACACGUGGUCUGAAAAUAUUCUAUUUUCGAACAAAUCAAGACACGAAUCACAACUGAGUUCAAAUAAUAAUAAAUAUGCAAUAAAUUCCAAGUGUUUAUGACCUUACAAAGCUUCAGAAAAAAAUUUUCAGAGUAUUUAUUGAGGUUUUCUUUUUAAAAAAAAUGUCUUCUGUUGGAAAACCAACGACCUGUAAAGAUGCAAUUCGUCGUUGGGAAGAAGAAAAUGAACAAGAAGCAUCAACAGCUUCAGAAGUUUUUAUAAGUUUUCAAUGGCCACCCAUUGAAAAAAUGGACAAUUCUUUGGCAACAUUAUCAAAUUGUGAAAAAAUUUCACUUUCUACAAAUAUGAUUGAAAAAAUUGCAGGAAUCAGUUCAUUAAAAAAUUUGAAAAUUUUAUCAUUGGGACGAAAUUUAAUUAAAGGAUUAACUGGAAUAGAAGCAUUGGGUGAAACAUUAGAAGAACUUUGGAUAUCAUAUAAUUUAAUAGAAAAAAUGAAGGGCAUUCAGGCAAUGAAAAAUUUACGUGUUUUGUAUAUAUCAAAUAAUUUGAUUCGCGAGUGGAAUGAAUUUUCAAAAAUGGCCGAAUUACCAAAUCUUCGUGAAUUACUUUUUGUUGGAAAUCCACUUUGUGAGGGUGCCGAGGCGGAGGGAUGGCGAAUGGAAGUUGCAAGAAGAUUGCCAAAUUUGGAAAAAUUGGAUGGUGAGCCAAUUAUUCGUUCGGAUGAGGGUCAAAUUCCAAAACUUGAUUCGUCACCACAAAAUUCAAAACCCUCUGAACCAAUUUUUAAUCAAUAAAAAAAAAUA